AUGGAUAUGGAUGCUUCAAUCCAUGACCAGGCCCGGGCUCGGAUAGAGAAGCUCUUGGCCGUGGAUUCGCGCGGCAGCAAGUUGAAAGCUUACACUCAUGUCAGAAACUUUAAGUACAUCAAGUCGGUGCUUAGCGGCGUCGAUGAGAACCUGCUUGACAUUGGGGUGAACGACAUCUUGAUGGACCUUGGAAUCUCAUCCAUGCAGGUGGAUGACUCUAAAGGGGAUUUAGUGUGCAAGGCAAGUUUGACAGCUAAAGAGAUAUUGAAUUCUUGGCCUGCUGCGGAAGUGGGAAAGGUACUACGUGAAUAUGGAGAAGAAAGCAAUUGGCAAUUUAUUCAGAAUCAAAUUGUUGAAGCUCGUGCACAAGGGGGAUUGCAUACUACAGAUGAACUUGUGCAUCUUAAUCUGGAGUGUGGACAAUCUGUUAAGGUUGUCUUUAAUCAAAUUUUGAUUGUGCUGCUAGAGAUUCAUAAAUGA